AUGAACGUUCGGUCAUACUGUACAACGGCUAUCAUGCGAAAGUUUAACCUCAAGCUCUUUCUUGAUACAAUCCAGCGUCUCCACGUCACAGAUCUGCUGCUGGCUCCCCCGGUUGUUUUAAUGCUGACCAAAAGUGAUAUCAUAUCUCAGUAUGAUCUCUCCAGUGUGGAAUUGAUGUUUUGCGGGGGAGCUCCUCUCCAACCAGAGCUGUCAAAAAAGCUAGAAGCCGUUUUCAAUGGCGGAAAAGUCCACCUCCGCCAAGGAUGGGGAAUGACAGAGGCCACAAUGGCUGUCACUCUGUUCGCCCCAGAUGAAUUUGAUGUCUCGCAUGCAGGUGUUGGAUAUCUCGUUCCGAGUAUGCAAAUGAAGAUACUCAAAGAUGAUGGUCAAAUGGCUGGAUACGAUGAAGAGGGAGAAGCACUGAUUAGAGGACCAAACGUCUUCAAGGGAUAUUACAGAAACCCAGAGGCAUCGAGGGAGAUCCUAGAGGGUGGGUGGCUCAAGACUGGAGAUAUUGUCACGAUGGACAAGGGUGGACUCUUAAAAAUUGUCGAUCGCAAGAAGGUCAGUACAACUCUCUAUCAAGAAGAUGGACGAGAACAUCCACUAGCAUUUGUUGUACGCAGUGAUGACAAGAUCACUGCUGCAGAUGUCAUGGUAUUCGUGGAAGCGCGGCUCUCGGCACACAAGAAGCCUACUGGAGGAAUCUUAUUUGUGAAUGACAUACCUAAAUCACCAUCGGGCAAGAUUCUGCGCCGGAUGCUACAAGCACCGGCAUCUAAGGGGAAAGCUCAUCUCUAA